CGACGCCAGCAUUUCUGUGCGCAUGCGUGUAGGGUUCGCCGCCGGCUCCCUGAGCCAGUUUAUGUAAGUGCGCCGGAAGUAAUCUCAACGUCUCCCCUCCGGGUCGGCAGUGUACGCAUGCGCUGUGGGAAGGAGCUGCCUAGCUGGCGCGUACGCGAGCGGGGCGAUGCUGUCGCCGGGCUGCUCUCUACUCUGCCUUAUCCUGUCCCCAGCCAGUGCGCAGGCGCGUCUAAGUGUCGCCGCCGCUGCCGACUGACUGUGGAGUGUCGUCAAGCGCCGCUCGGAUCAGCGAGGUUCAGUGGAGCGGUCAGCCCGUUAGCGUGAGGGGGUCCGGCGCCAGGCAGCACCUCCGCCGCCCUCUGCCAGGGCCUAGAGCCGGCCGGCCCCGUCCCACGUGUCCCCUCCGAGAGGCUUCUGCCCCCGUCCCCUUCCCGCCGAGAAGACGCAGGGUCCCCAGGCCGUGUGAGUCCCCGGGUGUGGGCUGAGGAGCCAGCGCCUGCCCCGAGUGCGGGGUGCCGCGCUAUCCCGUUUUCCGGGCAGCGGCAGGAUGAAGCUGGUGAGGAAGGACAUCGAGAAGGAUAACGCGGGGCAGGUGACCCUGAUCCCCGAGGAUGCCGAGGACAUAUGGCACACCUACAAUCUGCUGCAGGUGGGCGACAGCCUGCGGGCAUCCACCAUCCGCAAGGUGCAGACCGAGUCCUCCACGGGCAGCGUGGGCAGCAACCGCAUCCGCACCACCCUCACCCUCUGCGUGGAGACCAUCGACUUCGACUCGCAGGCCUGCCAGCUGCGGGUCAAGGGGACCAACAUCCAGGAGAAUGAGUACGUCAAGAUGGGAGCCUACCACACCAUUGAGCUGGAGCCCAAUCGCCAGUUCACGCUAGCCAAGAAGCAGUGGGACAGUGUGGUGUUGGAGCGCAUUGAGCAGGCAUGCGACCCAAGCUGGAGCGCUGAUGUGGCAGCAGUGGUCAUGCAGGAGGGUCUGGCUCAUAUCUGUCUUGUUACCCCCAGCAUGACACUGACCCGGGCCAAGAUUGAAGUGAACAUCCCCAGAAAACGAAAGGGUAAUUGCAGUCAACAUGACCGAGCGCUGGAGAGAUUCUAUGAGCAGGUGGUGCAGGCAAUCCAGCGUCAUAUCAACUUUGAGAUUGUGAAAUGUGUUCUGGUGGCCAGCCCGGGGUUCGUAAGAGAACAGUUCUGUGACUACAUGUUCCAGCAGGCAGUCAAGACUGACAACAAGCUGCUGCUAGAGAAUCGGUCAAAAUUCCUUCAGGUCCACUCCUCCUCCGGACAUAAGUAUGCGCUGAAGGAAGCUCUUUGUGACCCAGCUGUGGCCAGCCGUCUCUCUGACACAAAAGCAGCUGGGGAGGUCAAAGCCUUGGAUGACUUCUACAAGAUGCUGCAACAUGAGCCUGACCGGGCUUUUUAUGGCCUCAAACAUGUGGAAAAAGCCAAUGAGGCCAUGGCCAUUGAUACCCUGUUGAUCAGUGAUGAGCUCUUCAGGCACCAGGAUGUGGCUUAUCGCAGCCGAUAUGUGCGGCUGGUAGAUAGUGUGCGGGAGAACAUGGGCACAGUGCGCAUAUUCUCCAGCCUCCAUGUGUCUGGGGAGCAGCUCGGCCAGCUGACAGGGGUAGCAGCUAUCCUGCGUUUCCCUGUUGCUGAGCUCUCUGACCAAGAGGAGGCAUCCAGUUCUGAAGAGGAUUGAUGACAAUGGCUCACUCUACCCUUCCCUCAUAGCAUAGUAAGACUAAAAUGAUAGUCACGGCACUUCCUUUCCAAAUACUGCAAGCAGAUGUGCCAUGGCAUGCAAUUUAACUUUUUGAGAACAAUAUUUUUGAAGGUGUUUGGUUUUGUUCAACAUGCUCUACUGGAUAGCCAUAUGUAUUUGCACUUGCUGUGGUAAUGAUGAUGGGUAUACUAUAGGUUGGGGUUGACCAUUGUUUGUACAAACUACACUCUGGAUCUCCAAGAGCAUAACAAACAUAUAAAAGUCUCUGAUUUGGUUCCUGAAA